AUGGCCGACAACGCUCUGACUUCCAGUGCUGAGGUCGGUGCACAAGCUGUCAAUGUUCGCGCCGAAUUGAAAACGUGGGAGAAAGCCUUCUCGUCAGCCAAUAGGGGCCGCAAAGCUGGACGCGAUGAUAUCAAACAAAACGCGGAUAUCGCUGCUAAAUACAAGGAAUACAGUCGUCUCAAGGCACUUGAAGCAUCUCUAAGCCGGCGCGAAAACAGUCGACAGGAGGGAUAUGAAAGCCACUCGAAAAAGCGGAAACAUGCAUCUCCCCCCGGUCAGGAUAGUACAUCUCUCCAAGUCACACCCCGCAAAUCGUCCAGAGGGCUCUUUGCGACUCCAUCCAACAAUCGUACCAAGCACCACCCUGCACAACUGGAUCCGUAUGACUCGCCGUCGACUCUUCGCAGACUCUUUAGUCCCAGUACACACCGGCAAGGACUACCAGCACCAUCGCCAUUAAAGGCCGCAAUUGGGCCUACGCCUCAGCGUGACGGAAAGACAUUGGGCCUGUUCGACAUGCUAUCUGAAUCUGGCGGGAGUGGUGGAACGCCUUCCGCCACAAGGCGAACGAAUAACCUAGCUGCCGCAUUCCGCACACCCUCCAAACGAAAGCCCGUAAGCACAAUCCCCGAGGCCCCGGAAGAAGAGCCUCAGCAGGAGACGCCCAGGCUUGCGCGAACCCCUGCAUCUGAGACCAAGCAGUUCUAUCUUGCAAAUCUAUUCGCAACACCGACGACAAUGCGUUAUGCCGCCAUGGUGGAAGCGACCGAUAAUGCAGAUUCACAGAGCACAAAUCUGCUAAACCCAGCACAUGAAAUAUCACCCCAGGAAGCGCAAUCUGGGACACCAUCUUUCCUCCGUCGGUCCAACUCUGGUCGAUAUCCUCCACUUAGUGCAAAGCAUGAUGGUCCAGGACUCAGUCCUAUUGUCUCGCGUAAGCCGCAAAGAUUUGCCAGCAAGGGGCUAACGCAUUUAGUCCAAGGACUGCGGGAUAUGGAGGAGGAGCGUAUGGAUGACGACUGGGAUGUGAUGCGCGAGAUGGAGGAAGAGGCAGAGGCGGAAGAAGCUGCCAAGAUCCAGGUUGAGGAUAGUCAAGGACCAGAUGUGAACCGGAAAUACAAGAAGAAGGGCCAGAAACGGACGACGCGACGAGUGAUUAUGAGGCCGGUUAUUCAUCAGCCGAAACCCAAGCCCAAACCAAACCCAGCUCUUGCGAAUGAGGACUCGGAACAUGAAGAUGAUGUUGUAGCAGUUCCGGAGACGCAACAGCCACCUGCGGCUAGUGACGGCUGGGAUGAUGUCCCGAGUGACAUUGAACGGGCGGAUGAGGCCGCUUCCCUUCAUACCAUGUCGGAGCCCGAGCUUGAUACCGAGGCCGAAUUUGAUUCCGACUCGAACGAUGACCCUGAAUUCGCAGGACAGCCAAAGCCUGUUGCCAGACCGAAGAGUUUCUCGGAGAGAAUCAAGGAAGCUGUUUCAUCCUCUUCCGUGAAGCCACAGGAACAAGAACCCAUGGGGAAACCUCCGAAGAAGCCUGCUGAGACUGUCGAAGCAAAGAAACCUCGUCCUCGGAAGAUCAAAGCCGAAGCUCAUGCGAACUAUCGAUCAAUAAGCAUCAACAGAGGAGGUUCCUCUCGGGGUAGAGGGCGUUUCCGCCGGAAAUAA